ACAUCUAAAGGACAAGAAGCAGGGAGCUCUGGGAGAUGUUUGCCUUUCAGAAACGCACCGAGAAGCUGGUCAGCAAGGUGCCGAAAUGCAAAACUGAAAUCAGUGUCAAGGUCAUUAAAGGGAGAAAGCAGUUCAGAUGUACUCAGCUGCCCUCCAAGACCAAGUAGAGAUCCCUGCCCGCCUUCUUCAAUGUUUCCCAGCCUUCCAUGCAUUGAGCUGACUGUGUCACCGGGCAUGUACAGGAGUUUGUACAAGAGAGACUACCGGUGGUGUGAGGAGUACAAGCCACCCAACGAGGAGGACGUGCAGAAGCUACAGAUUGCAGACUCCCAGCUAAAAGCCAAGGAGUUUGCCAUACCCCAGGAAGAGCAGGCAAUGACCUACAGCGACAACGUUGUUGGGGAGAGGAGAGGAGUCAUCCCAGCGCCGAUCAUCAAAGCCAGCAGUUGUGCUGCUGAUGCAGGAGGGAGGAAGCCAGAAGGCAGCGCCUACAGCCCCAAAGCCUUGCAGCAGAGAAAGCACUUUACUUCAGUCCUUCCUGUUGCAGAAAGUUACCUACCAAAGUACUACCCUGACACCGAACUGGCAGCAACCAGGCAGAGAAAUUGGAGAAGCUGCAGGCUCUCGCUGAGGCGAAGAAUGAGCUGUCUUAUUGCCAGCAUCUUCCAGCUGCUGCUCAGACUGCUGGAACAGCAGGGAUGUUGCUGUGCAGGCAGAAGCUGGCCCCGCGCUGGGCCACCUACCAGCAGUUCAACCUGGAGACGUGCAGGGCAAAGCAGCAUAAUGCUCAGCAAAACAGGAACAUGAUCCUGGGCUCAUCUGUUUUGGUGGAAGGAACCACUGGGUAUCUGAGGACAAGGACAGCUACAGCAUUUUCUUGCGGAGGCUGAACCGCUCACCUCAAAUCCCCGCUGCGGGGCUGUGCUCUGGGCUGCCCUCUGGGAAACGGAUUGCGACGGACACAGCCCAGUGAGUGGUGCUACAGGUGGCCAUGGUAAGUACCAGGAUUACCCAUUUUUGCACUGAGAGCUGGGAAUAAUGGUGAGAUUUCAGGGAUUG